AUGGACGACGGGCAGGCAAAGCCCGGCAGUGGCGUCGCCACGGGCUGCGGGGUCUCAAGCCUGCAGAACCGAAGCCGAAACCGAAACCCCCAGCCGAGCGCGGGCCGGGGCGAGCAGGUGGGCCGGGGAGCCGCCCGCCGGAGGCCUGACCGCCCGCCCCACCAGAACCUCAAGCGGGUGGCCGAGGUGUGGAUGGACGAGUACGCCGAGCACAUCUACCAGCGCCGGCCCGAGUACCGCCACCUGUCCGCCGGGGACGUGGCCGCCCAGAAGCAGCUCCGCGCCAGCCUCAACUGCAAGAGCUUCCGCUGGUUCAUGACCAAGAUCGCCUGGGACCUGCCUAAGUUCUACCCCCCCGUGGAGCCUCCAGCCGCGGCCUGGGGGGAGAUCCGCAACGUGGGCACGGGGCUGUGUGCCGACACCAAGCACGGCGCCCUGGGCACCCAGCUGAGGCUGGAGAGCUGCGUGCGAGGCCGCGGGGAGGCGGCCUGGAACAACAUGCAGGUGUUCACCUUCACCUGGAGGGAGGACAUCCGGCCCGGGGACCCCCUGCACACCAAGAAGUUCUGCCUGGACGCCGUGUCGCACACCAGCCCGGUCACCCUGUACGACUGUCACAGCAUGAAGGGCAACCAGCUGUGGAAGUACCGCACAGACAAGAGCCUGUUCCACCCGGUCAGCGGCAGCUGCAUGGACUGCAGCCCGAGUGACCACAGGGUCUUCAUGAGCGUCUGCGACCCUGCGUCCCCCACCCAGCGGUGGCUGUUCGAGCACACCAACUCCACCGUCCUGGAGACGUUCAACCGGGACUGA